CUUAACUCAUAUUUACACUAAACUACUUUGUUCAAUAAAAAUAGUCGCCUAACUACCUCACUUACAUUUCACCAAAAGGAAAGCUCCAAGUCCGACUGGUAUACAAUAGUUGGACUACAAACUAUGAUGUGACGUCAUCAUCGUUUGACAAACAUUCAAAGCUGUUGGCGGUUAAACAAGCUGGUUGCUGUGGUCACUGCAAUGGCGCCCCUCAAAUUUGUUAUUAAGUGUGGGAACUUUGCUGUGCUGGUGGAUCUCCACGUUCUGCCCCUGGCCGGCCUAGAGGACACCAGCUGGUUUACUACGCACCACAUCGAGGAAGUUACAACCCUGGUACGAGAUGCUGUGGACCGCAGAGUGAGGCAGUACGCAGAGUCCCUCCACAACAGAAGGCAGCCAAAACAGAAAAAAGAGCUGCCACCUGCUCCAGCCUUUUUGGUUAAAGGAAAAAGUUUCCACCUGGUUGCAAACUUUCUGAAACGGCACUUCAACCUCAGAUGUAUCGUGAAGCAGCUCUAUGGGGAUAUGCGUGUGUUUCCUGAACGCUAUGUAGUGUGUGUGAGCUGUCGGGAGGAUGCCUCAGCGCACCAUGGAAACCUGAGCCUGGCCGCGACUGAGCUGAGCGAACAAAGCCAAUCAGAGUAUUUUUCCAGAGUCGGAGAAACCCUAGAGCCUUUAAACAGCCCCACGAAAACAAAGAAGACUGUGCUUCAAAAGAUAGCCAAACAAGCUGGUGUCCAGCGAGAGCUCCAUGGUUCCAGUGUGGGGGAACAGCAGGUUGACCAGAGAGACGGUCCCCUAAACCAAAGAGGGGAGAUUAAAGCUGGAGAUUCAGAAUCAAGCCCAAAAGAGGCCAGCUGUGGUCAGAAGACCCUCCCAGAGGCAGACCACAUGGUGCCUUGCCCCAGUGCCUUAAAGGAAGCUGAGGCUAAGAUUGCAACUCAAAAGCGGGGCCUGACCGAGGAGCAGCAGACCGAGAACAGUCCUCCAGACAGCAUCAACCCAAGCGGAGCCUCUGUAGUUUUCUGCCGACCUGAAAUCAGUCAGGAGACAAGAAAGAGCAAGAGGAGCAAGCCAAGCGACUCAGGGAAAGACCCUCACCCACAGAGGGCCAAGAGGACGUGCCUUGAGAGACCUCCAGCUGCAACGCAAACUCCCUACAACGACUGAUCCACACAAACAUCCAGGCAUGACCUUCCUCCUCUGCUGCCGCCCCUUCCUCUUGCCGAAGCCAAGGCAGAGUCCAAGGCUUUCCCAGUCUCCGGGCGCACGAAAACCACAGUGGAAGUAGAGCUGCUUACUCCAGGGAAACAGGCCCAGAGGCUCCCCCUCACAAGCAAUAACACGGCACAGACAAACCAAAACAGGCUGGCCGCAAGUCUGAGGGGCCUAUCUGUCAAGUCUGCAUCCUCGAGCUCCUCUAUUAGUUCCAGAUCCACACUCGCAGAGGGGAAUGAAAAUGUGCCCAGAACCUUGAGAUUACGGCGACUGAAGAGGUCCUGAGGGGGGAGAGACGAGCUACAGUAAAGAUGCCUGACGCCACGGAGAUAGAGAUGAUAUUGUGUCAGGCUACAUGUUUACCUCACAUGAUGUGCAUUUGUACACGUGUCACAUUUUCACCACAAUACAUAUUGGUUUCGCAUGUGCACACACACACACUCACACAGAUCAAGUGCUGAAGACAUUAAGGCAUUUGAUACAUGAGCAUUUGAGUUACACUUUGUCAAAUACUUGAAACUGACUUUUUUUCUCCACCCAUAAGUAGUGGUGGUCAAGAGAGGCUCGCAAAUGAAAGUCAAAAAAACCUUUAAUUGGAGUUUAGAUUUGGUUUUGUGUUAAAGAUUGGGGAUUUCAGACAGGCAGGAGCCAUGCAGUACGUCAUGGCUCUCCGUCUCUAACGCUGGCUCCUACGUGUCUGAAAACUGUCCACUUUCCCCGCUGAAGCUCUGCUGUGAUGGAUGGCUGUUUCCAGAUUUAUUUCAUCACCUCAUUCUCAAAAAUCACUUACGUAGUUAGAUUUCAUUCAUACACCAUUUACACAGUUAUUAGUUGCUAAGCACCUGAAAUGUAUCUUUCAAUGUGAGGGUAUUAUGCAGCUUUUAUAUUGAACCUAAUUUGUGUGGGUAUAUGAGUAGUUUUGAAAUAUUAGUGGUUUUAUUUGGGAGUAGCAGGACAGCUACGGUAAUGCAGGUUACAUUUUUAGCUGCUGUCAACACCCCUUCACUAGUUUGGCCCCGGCCCCAAUAGAUUGGGGCAACUUGGGACCAACAGUCACUGAUACACCCAAUGUGUUGCUUAAAUACAUCAAUCCUGAUUUAUUUUGAUUUUCCUGGAAAGACAUUUUGCGAUAAAUAAAUGUGUUUUCCCAAAA